GGUCCGUGUAAUAUUCCUUUAAAAAUAUACGCGCUUGUUUUAAACAUCGGAUAUGACGUAUGUACAUACAUAAGAAUCGCCAUCAAGAAGCACGUAACGAUAACCUUACAUGAUUUUACAUGCAAGAGAGAAGCCGGAAAAAGUAACGUGAUUAAUAUACGUGUGUGGUAAUAUAUUAAAAAACUGCACAAUGUCUCGGCAAGUUUUUACUGGUUCUCAUUUAUGUAGAUAAAAUGGAGAACUGAUCUUUAAGAAGAAUUACAAUACUUGUUGAGGAUGACAAGAAAAUUUAGAUCAACAGAAGAUAGAUAAUUAUCAUAGAGAUGAAGUUAAUAAUUCAUCCAGACAAUUUAUAAUAUAUGGACUUAUUGAUUGCCAAACACAUGCAGUGGAGCUUCCAAAUCUUGGAUUGGUUAUGAUAAGACUCUCUUAAAUUGGGUGGAAACCUACUAAUUUAUCCAUUGGAGAGUAUUGGUGGACAAUUUGCAGAAUAAAUGUUUAAAAUUGUAGCAUGAACAAAUUAUAUAUACUGGUAUAACAACAGCGUAUUAUUUUGCAUCUCUGUACACCGAGACAUCUACAAUUCUUGCGAAGAUGGUUUCAUAGUUUUGAUCAAUGAGCUUUCAUUGGAAAAAUGCCUGAAGGAAUGUCUCGUGCAUGAAAAAGGGGAAGGCGGAGGGAGAGUCGUCUGUUGUCGAAAUUUCGCUCACGAGCGGUUGAAAGGAUCAAAACAUGACAUGAAAACAAAUAAUUGCACGCGGAGGACGCGUGAUAACAGGAUCCUAUGCCAAUCAGAAUUCGCCACGCGAAGAAAGGGAUAGAUCACCGAUGUGUUUCCUAUCAUCCUGUCUCCUAACGACCUUUUGUUCUUCACUAUUGGGCCAACGCGAGUCCAGGAAGGAUUAAGAGCCUCUUUCGUACCUCGGUAAAGAAUUUUCCCAGACCGAGUCAGCGGAGUCAGCAGAUUUGAAACGUUGCUGUUUUCUAACAUUGCCAAUAAUCUUUAUUGCAAGUCACAUGCUAUGAAUAUACAUAUAAAUAUCUCAUUAAAUAAUUUUGUUCCUAAAAGACUGAAGCACUUUAUAGCUGAAUAGUUUGUGAAAAAAACUGAGUGAUAUUGUAUUUAAAGUGGCGAUUGUAUAUAUUUAAAAAAUAAUUCACAAUGCCUCGACAAAUUUUUAUUGGUUCCAUGAUUCAUGCAGAUGAAAAUGAAGAAGUGAUUUUUAAGAAGAAUGUUACGAUACUUGUCGAUGAUGGCAAGAUUAUUGAUGUUAUGGAAAAUCCAGAUCAACAAAAGAUAGAUAAUUUUCACGCAGACGAAGUUAAUAAUUUAUCAUCAGGACAAUUUAUAAUACCUGGAUUUAUCGAUUGCCAUACUCAUGCAGUACAGUUUCCGAAUCUUGGAUUAGGUUUCGAUAAGACUCUUUUAGAUUGGCUGGAAACCUAUACUUUUCCAUUGGAGAGGCAGUAUACUGAUCAAGAAUUUGCAGAAAAAGUGUUUGAAAUAGUUGUGAAAGAAACUAUAUUCAAUGGUACAACAACAGCCUGUUAUUUUGCGUCUCUAUAUACCGAGGCAUCUGCGAUUCUCGCGCAGAAGUGUUCAGAUCUUGGUCAACGAGCUUUCAUCGGAAAAAUAAACAUGAAUGCACCACGAGAUGAUGGAUAUUACGAAAGCACGGAAAAAUCAAUCGAGACUACUAAGGCCUUUAUAGAAGCUGUCGAAAAAAUAGGAAAUCCUCUUGUGCAACCAAUUAUUACACCAAGAUUUGCAUUGAGCUGCGAUAUGGAAUUAAUGAAAAAGUUAGCAAAUAUUGCUAAAGAAAAAGAUUUACGUAUACAGAGUCACGUUUCUGAAAAUAAAGACGAGGUAAAAGCCGUGAAAGAGAAAUUCGGGAAAGCAUACACAAAUGUUUACGAUACCGUUGGUCUUCUUACCAACAAGACAAUAUUAGCACACGGUAUCUACCUAGAGGAUAGUGAACUUGACAUACUUGCAAAACGAGGAACAGCUAUAAUUCACUGUCCAUGCUCCAAUAUAAAUCUGAAAAGUGGUCUUUGCGAUGUGCGGAAAAUAAAGGAUAAAAAUAUCGUCGUCGGCCUUGGAACAGAUGUUUCAGGUGGAUCAAAUUACAGUUUCUUAGGUGAAAUUAGAUCGGCUUUACAUGUAUCAAUUUCUCUACAUUUAACGGGAGAUGAUGUACCACGUGAUUAUGUACCUCUUGAUUACAAAGAUUUCUUCAUUAUGGCAACAUUAGGAGGUGCUAAAGCGCUUUCGAUUGAGGACAAAGUCGGUAAUCUGCUGCCAGGCAAAGAAUUUGAUGCUCUCAUCAUAGAUUUGAACGCAGAACACAGUUUCUUGAAUAAUUUCAGAGAAUAUACACUCGAAGAAAAUCUCCAAAGAUUUAUAUAUUCGGGGAAUGAUCGUAAUAUAGUAUCUGUUUAUGUAAAAGGUAGAAAAGUUAAAAUGACGGAUGUUGCUCCAGCAACAUGUGAAGGUCUUGUGGAACAAGAAGUGAUCGAGGAAGUCUCAGAGGCUCUGAUUAUGAAAGGCAGAGAACGCGAACAUGCAAAAGAGGAUAACAAGGAAUGGAAUCUCUUUAUAUGUUACAAAAGUUGCCUGGUCAGGGAAAAUCUAAUCUCAUGGCAAAAUCUAAUCAUUCGAGCAUAUCUAUUUAUUAUCCUUUCCUAUUAAGAAGUACGAAAUCAUUGACAAGUUUCUCAGUUUAGAUUUGAAGGAUGAAGUUCUGAAAAUCAUGCCUGUGCAGACUUAAGUCUGUCAAUACACACUUUCAAGGUUUUUUGUUGCCAUUGGAAAUGGCACACAUUGGAUUGAGAGUGAAAUGUUCCAAGCAAGUAGCCACUACCAUUCGCGGUUUUAUUAUCCUCAUCAAGCUCUCCAUUGUCUUGGAUUGACGCGAUUAUUGGAACAAGAUCGACAAGCCGCACACAAAGUAUAAAAU